AUGGCGGCCAUUGCUAGCAGCACGAGGGCGUCACUGCCGCCGCCCAGCCCCGCCACGCAACAACCGCCAUCCAUUGCACCUCACGCUUCGUUCGCGCGGCUGUUUCGCUCGAAAGGGUCUCAUGAGACGAGAUUAGGACCGUUGCCGCAUAGUACCGCUACACGAAGGUCCACCAUAGUACCUCCCGUCUCCGCGGUCGCAGAAUCAAGGAAUCCGGCACGAAGCUUCUCUUGUUCUCCCUCCACCUCUCCUCCCCAGAUCAAUGAUUCGCUACAUUCCGAUAAUGCCACAUCCCUGCUCGUUAUUCCCACCCUCGCUACAGUCACAACCUUGAGUGCUCUUAUCGCCCCGUCAGCCGUUGCUGCGGUUACCGGUGCUGACGUCAACUCGGUAGCAGAAGCAGCAGCAGCAGCAGGCGCCGCGGUUGGGACAGCUGGCGAUGGCGCAUUGGCGAGUUUGAGUCAGCUGUUCCUCCUUGGCGCGCUCUCAUUGGCCGACGAGCCCUCCAACGCGCUGUCGCUGCCCACGUGGAUCAUCCACGGUGGUGGCGAUGGCGCUGGUGUGGCAAUACAGCGCAGCGGAGAGCAGGAGGGCGUGGAGGGGGCUGAUUGCGCAACCAUCCCUGGUGGUGGCGAUGGCACUGGUGUGGCAGUACGGGGCAGCGGAGAGCCGGCGGGCAUGGAGGGGGCUCGCAUGGGCCAUGGUGCCGCUGCUCAUGGGGGCCAUGUGCGCGUGCACGUGGCACUUCUUUUACAAUUCUCCUCAGCUAGAGGUAAUCCAGGGCUACAGCUGGUUCCAUGUAGGGUUCUGUUUUGUGAUGCCGUGGAGGGGCCUCGCAUGGGCCAUGGUGCCUCUUCUUAUGGGGGCCAUGUGCGCAUGCUCGUGGUACUUCUUCUUUAA